GAGCUUGCAGUUGCAUGUACAGGGCUGUCUAUAUGGCAGGGCAAAGGGGCAGCUGCCCUGGUCCAGUCAUUUCUGGGCGGCCCAAGCAGUUGCCCCUUGAGUCAGCUGCACUGUCGGACCAGAACUUCACUUGUUCUGUGGAGUAGGAAUAUAGAACGGGGACGCACUGCUGGAGAGGGCCAUGUGCUUUACAGAAGGAGGAGAGGACCUGCAAUUUUAGUUGUUCCAUUGAAGACGCACCCCACACUGAAUCCAUCACAGCAGUACGCUACCACUCCGGUUCUACAGGUGGGCACGGCGAGGAGCUCGGGAUGGGGGCCCCCAGAUCCGCAGCAACGCGGGCCAAAAAGCCACCGUCCUCCCGCACUUGCUCCUGGAGCAACCGCAUUAAUUCUUCAGCCAUCACAGCAGAGCUUUCUCCCUGGCCCUGAAACCGACAUGCAUAUCCUCUCCUGGAACGUGAAGGGCAUCCACUCCCCCAAUAAAAGAAUACAGAUCUUACGUCAUUUGAAGCACCUCCAUCCAGAUAUUGUCUUUCUGCAAGAAACCCCCCUGGCCUCCGAGGAUCUGGUCCAUAUGUCUAAACUUUGGGUUGGGGACAUAAUAGGGGCCCCAGCAGUGUGUGGUAAGGCAGGGCAUCUAGUAACCCUGCUCCUUUUAGUCACCACUUCUUUAGCACAAGAGAAAGCCGUGGCACCCGCGGCACGAUGUGGAGCCAGCUUUGCAGAUCCUUACAAACCUAUCCAAAUCCAAGCAAAUGAAGAUUCUGAUUGCACCUAUAACAUAGAAGGAACGGGCAGUGAAACCACAAGAGUCAUCUUCUCCUUACUUGACUUGAACCCAUCUGCAGAUUGCUCCCAAGAAAACAUCACCAUCUUUAAUGACAACUUUGAUGUUUUGGGAGUCCUGUGCCCAAAUUCUCCCCAGAUCGCUGUGUAUGAAUCUCAGGGCAGAGUGAAUAUUCGGGUGUCCACUGACUCCACAGCACGUGUGAGGACAGCAUAUGUCCUGUAUUAUUCUGUUACCCCAGCAAAUGCUAUUAACUGUGGGGGAAACCUCAAAGGUUAUUCAGGCACCAUCUCCAGUCCCAAUUAUCCCGAUCGCCAUCCAGACUUUGCGUAUUGUUUGUGGCACCUAGAAGUACCAAAGAACACAAAAGUGAAGCUGUCUUUUACUGAAAUCUUCGUAGAAAUUGAUCCUGCUUGUCGAUUUGACUUCAUUGCUCUCUAUGAUGGUCCUGACAAUAACGCGCCUCUCCUGGAUGUACUGUGUGGCCGCAGAGUUGCUGAGUUGGAGACGACUUCCAAUUCAUUGACUUUGCUAUUUAGCGCAGAUUACGCAAACUCCUAUUUUGGUUUCUCUGUUACCUAUACAGCAGUACCUCAAGAUAAUGACGCCGCCUUGUCUUGUUUGGGUGACUCCAUGACUGUGGUUCUCGAUCCCGCUUAUAUUAUCUCCCUGGGAUAUAGCGCCUCUGACUUGACGCUAAGUAAUUCCUCCUGUAUUGCCCAGUCAGCCAACCCUAUAGUAUUCGAGGUGCCGUUCUAUGGAUGCGGCACAAUCAGAAAGACAGACCAAAACCUCAUCUAUUACACAAAUACCAUCCAGGCUAACCCGAGUGGUGCACUGAUCACAAGGCUUAAGGAGCUGCAGUUCGUUGUGACCUGUGAGCUGGACAGUAACUCUACAGUAGAGAUUAUGUACAUGACCUCAAAUGACAUCAUCCAUAACCAACAGGGGAGCGGCAAAUAUGACGUCAGCCUGGCUUUCUACCCAACACAGGAUUUCAUCGACCCGGUGCUGGACUCUCCUUAUUUAAUUGAUCUCAAUGAGACAGUAUUCCUCCAAGCGUCAGUGAAGACCCAGGACCCAGACCUCACUGUUUUUGUAGAAACUUGCUUUGCUUCCUCCACAGCAGAUUUCCAAACACCUAACUAUGAUCUUAUUAGAAAUGGAUGUGUACGAGACAACACUUACAGCACCUUCCCCUCAGGCAGUGGAUAUGCUCGGUUCAGCUUCAAUGCCUUCAGGUUCCUUAAUGCGCAUAUCUCUGUAUACCUCCAGUGCCGGGUUGUAAUAUGUGACGUCAAUGACCAAGGAUCCCGUUGUAACAAGGGAUGUAUCACCCGUCAGCGCAGAGAUCUGUCCUCCAAAGGGUGGAAAACAAAUGCUGUGCUCGGACCGAUCCGUCUGAAACGUCACAGUGAAUCCGACGCUGCAGGUUCCAUCGGUGAAACUAAAGAUGUUGUCAAGACAGAUCAGGGCAGCAUGUAUGUUGUGGGCAUUUCUGUUCUGGUGGUCAAUGUUCUCAUAUUAGCUCUGGUGCUGAUGAGAUAUUACAGAAAGGAACCGACAGAGUACAGAUACCUCCCAGUUCCCACACAAUAACCCGCACCUCCGAACAAAUCUGCUCUUCAAGGCUCUAUAUGGGGGCAGAACACCUUCCAAAAAUAAAAGCACAAAAUCAUGAACUUCUCUCUAUAAAUUACUGGGUGGCCGAGAUACUAGAUGACACAAUUGUCACUAGACUUAUUUUGUCUAAUAUGUACUUAAAGGGGUAUUCUAUUUUUUUUUUUUAAUGAUUAUUAUUAUCAUUUGACGAUGCUACAGGGGCUGGAAAAUUUGUGCAGUUCAUA